AUGAUAACCCAAAUCUUCAUUCUCUGCUACUUUGGGCAAAUCAUCCGUAAUAGUUCUGAAGACAUGUCAGACGCUCUGUACAUGACAAAAUGGUAUGAAAUGAGUGUUAUGGAUCAGAAAAAUUUCUUAAUACUCAUGAUAAGACUCCAUCAUCCAAUCAAGGUGGAAACUUUUGGAUUUGGUGUAGUUUCUGUCUAUACUUUUGUUCAGGUAAAGCGAAAAAAUAUUAUAUUUGAACAGAAUCUCUUCACCAUCAUGAUUUAUCUCUGUGUGAUUUUAACCAUAUUUCAAUCAGUGGAUGCGUCACUUCUUGUUCCACUUGUGGCAGUUAUGCUAAUGAUUUCUCAAAUCUUCAUCCUCUGCUUCUUUGGUCAAAUCAUUCGAAACAGUUCUGAAGACAUGUCAGAAGCUCUGUACAUGACAAAGUGGUAUGAAAUGAGCGUUAGGGAUCAGAAAAAUCUCCUAAUACUCAUGAUAAAAUUUCAUCAUCCGAUUGAAGUGGAAACUUUUGGAUUUGGCACCAUUUCUAUCUAUACUUUUGUCCAAGUAAUAACUCUUAGUUUCAACAUUUUAUCACUUCUAUAGACUUUUCUUAUUGUUGUGCGAAAUGUGAGCACAAAUAAUGUCUAUAGUGAAAUACACAUUUCACUACUAAAAUUCCUUCCACAUCACCUGAGCUCUCUUAUCAAUCAAUGA